AAGUGCCGGGAGGAGCGGACGCGCGCACGUGGGCGGCGCUCCCCACGGAGCGACGGCGGGGAGCGGUGGACGCGACGGGGCGGUCACAUGCGCACCUGGGGAGGCGGGGCGCGGCGCGGCGAGGGCUGGCUUUGGCGGUGGGGCGGCUCGGGCGUUCGGAGUCGGGCGGUGCGGUGCGGUCGCAAGACGCCGGGCCCCGCGGUCGAGCGCGGCGUGGAGCCGGGCCGGCCCCAUGCCGAGCCGCCCGCGCCGCCGUCGCCGUCGGUGAGCCCCCGCCAUGGGCGGCUGCGUGGGGCGGCAGCGUCGGGAGCGGCCCUCCGCCGGGAGUCCCCGCAAGAGAGCAGGCCGCAAUGAGCCCCUGAAGAAGGAGCGUCCCAAGUGGAAGAGUGACUACCCCAUGACGGACGGGCAGCUGCGCAGCAAGCGGGACGAGUUCUGGGACACAGCACCUGCCUUUGAGGGCCGCAAGGAGAUCUGGGAUGCCCUGAAGGCUGCAGCCUACGCCGUGGAGGCCAACGACCACAGCCUGGCCCAGGCCAUCCUGGACGGAGCCAGCAUCACCCUGCCCCACGGGUCGCUGACAGAGUGCUACGAUGAGCUGGGCAACCGCUACCAGCUGCCUGUGUACUGCCUGGCACCGCCUGUCAACCUGAUCCUGGAGCGGGGCGAGGAGGAGGCGGCUGAGCCGGCCGAGCCGCUCCCCAGUGCCCGGCGUGAGUUCGCCCUCAAGGUGCGCCUGUCCACUGGCAAGGACCUGCGGCUCAGCGCCAGCAUGGCCGACACCAUCGGGCAGCUGAAGAAGCAGCUGCAGGCGCAGGAGGGCAUCGACCUGGCCUGGCAGCGAUGGUUCUUCUCUGGCAAGCUGCUCACCGACCGCACGCGGCUGCAGGAGACCAAGAUCCAGAAGGAUUUUGUGGUGCAAGUCAUCGUCAACCAGCCACUGCCACCCAGGAACUGAGCUCCGGUGGGGAGUGGGGAGUCCCCUUCCCACAGCGAGGCCCGGCGGCACCUUGGGGAUGUCCCGUGCCGUGUCCCAGCCCUAUUGGGGUCAUCGGGUC